AACUAGCUAGCCUUGUUUAAACGACAUGAUUAAGUCGCCGACCGAGUUCAGCGUUGCCACUUCAUGAACUCGAGGCCGUAUGUCCACAGCUUGCCACUCAUCUACUGAGCAACACAGAAAGGGGCGUCCGUCAACUGUUCGAUUAUUCGCAACUAACAAACCCCCGAAUCCCCGGCCAUGUCGUUUGCUGUGCUCGCUGCCGUUGGCGUUGCCUUGGCAGCGGCAACUUACACCUACGUCUUAGGGCUAUAUAAGAACGUCGCCAAAGCGCGGAAAACAGGCCUACCCUAUCUAGUUGUUCCUAUUUCCCCCAUCAACCUCGCCUGGCAGCUUACCUUCACCUUCUGGGUGCCCCUCAUCAAGCUGCUGCCAAAAUCGCUAUGGGAGAACUGGUUAUUUGUCAUGAUCCCCGAGUGGGCUUACCACACCGGCCAGACUCAUUGGGACCGCCUCGGGGCUGAAAGUUUCCUGGUCGCGUCACCUGGUCACCUCGCUCUGUACACCCAGAGCGCCGAGGUCAUCCACCAGGUCACGCAGCGGCGCGAGGCAUUCCCCAAGAACAUCGCCCAGUACGGCAUCCUCGAGAUGUUUGGCAGGAACGUGCUCACCACAGAGGGCGCCGUGUGGCGCUUGCACCGCAAGAUCACCAGCGCCAGCUUCAACGAGAAGAACGCUGCCCACACGUUCGCCCAGGCCAUACACCAGACUAAGGGCAUGCUCGACAUGUGGUUUGGCCCGGACGGCGCCAAGACGGGCACGACCGGAACCAUCAGGUCCCUCGAGCACGACACCAUGACCUGGGCGCUCAACAUUAUCGGCUACGUUGGCUUCGGCCUGCGCCUGCUCUGGCCGGGCGAGACGAUGCCCAAGGAUAUCGACCCCAAGCUGGCAAAGUAUGGCAGCUUGAACCCGCCGGCGGGACACAGCCUUACCUUUGCCGAUUCGUUGGCCAAGACCCUGGAGAGGAUCGUCGCCAUCUUGGUGUACAACGAGACCAUCCUGCGACUUCUCCCCUUCAAGUUCGCCAAGGAGGCUUACCAAGGGAAGCGCAACUACCUCCAAUACAUGGACGAGUUCCUCCGUGACAAGAUAGACGAGACCCGGCGCGGCGUGCCCCAGCGCGAAGGGAUGGACAUCAUGGGCCAGCUUGUCCAGUCGAGUUAUGGCUCCGAGUCCAAGAAGGCCGGGUCUACCGGUACUACCAAAGGAGAUCCCACCUCGACCUUUAAGCUCUCCGACGCGGACAUCAUCGGCAACGCCUUCAUCAUGAUCGUCGCGGGCCACGAGACGACCGCCAACACGCUGCACUUUGCGCUGGUCGAGCUGGCCACCAACCCGUCGACGCAGCGGCGCCUGCAGCAGGAGGUGGACGCCCUGUUUGGGGACAGCGACCCGUCGACGUGGGAGUACGAGAAGAACAUCAACGCGCUCCUGGCCUCCCACGUCGGCGCCACCGUCAACGAGACGCUCCGGCUCGUGCCCCCCGUCACGGUGAUCCCCAAGGUGGUCACGCCGGACGCGGAGCAGACGCUCAGGAUCGACGGGCGCACGUACGUCCUGCCGCCGGGGCUGGCCAUCUCCCUCGUCGCCGUGUGCGCGCACCGCAACCCGCGCUGGUGGCCGACGCGGCCGAGCGAGCGGACGGGCGCCCCGACGGACCUGGACGACUUCCUCCCGGAGCGGUGGUACCGGACCGCCCGAGACGGGAGCAGGGAAGCGGAGGAGGAGGACGGCGACAUCGUCGACAAGGGCGACUACGGCGGGUUCCAGGGCAGCGACGUGGCCGCGUCGCUGUACCGGCCGGUGCGGGGCAGCUACGUGCCCUUCAGCGACGGCCCGCGGUCGUGCCUGGGGCGGCGGAUCGCCAUGGUCGAGAUGGGCGCCGUGCUGGCCGUCAUCUUCCAGCGGUACAGCAUCGAGCUGGCCGUGGACGAGUGGGCGGACGACGGCGAGGUCGAGGCCAUGACGCCCGCCCAGAGGAGGGCGCUCUACCGCAAGGCGCAGCACAAGAGCAGGGAGACCAUCCGGGGCGCCAACUCGGUGCUCACGCUCAAGCUGCACGGGGGCGCCCACGUGCCGGUGAGGUUGGUGAGGAGGGGGAGGGAGCGGUUCGUGAGCGACCCCGAGCUAUGAUAUGAUAUGAUAUGAUAUGAUAUGACAUGGUAGAGCAGCAUGAUUUGGGGAUCUUUUUUUUUCUUCCAUUGUUUCAUUAUUAUUAUUAUUAUUCACUAUGUGAAUCGUGGC